AUGUAUCGUCCGCUUCUUGGUCAAUUGCCCGAUGUGGGUACGUGCCAAAGUCUGAAAAUAAUAAUAAUCUUCAUCAUCAUACCUAAUAGUGGGUACGUACCACUGCAUGAGAUCAUCAUCAUUAUCAUCAUCAGUCCGAACGCGGGUGACCUCGCGCCCAUCACGAGUGCGGUCGACGAGAAGCAGGAGCUCAUUCGAAGCAGCAAGGCGGUAGCAACCGCCGUUGGCUUGCUGUUACUGCUGACUACGGCGGCCAUCCAGUCGCCUGCCUCAGCUCAGUUCUGCCCGCCGUCAUACCGCAAGAAGAACCCGCAGCACACGGCGUGCAUGCGGCGGAACACGUGGUGCAGGAUAAAAGUCCCCGGCGUUCACCCCGAAAUGCGGGCCUCGAUCUUGAAGAUGCACAACGAUUUCCGGAGCCAAACCACACUGGGAAAACUACCGGGCUUCCCAACGGCAGCUGACAUGCAGGAGCUGCUUUGGGACGACGAGUUGCCAUACGUGGCACAGGCUCACGCCAGUCUCUGCACUACGCCGGACGUUGACCUGAAGCAUGAUGAGAUUGAGAACCGCUUUACGAAUCGCUUCGAACAGACGGGUCAAAACACGGCCUGGAUAGGCCGAUCCAACUACGAAGAGGGAGCCAACUGGACCUGGCCUAUGGACGGCUGGUUCACAAAGGAGUACCCGCUCUACCUGCCGCGCGGCGUGGUCGAGUUCGCUUCCGUGAAGGCGCCAGCAACACUCGAGCGCAUCACCGACACAGCUCUACGCGACUUGAAGUGGCACACGUGCUUGUACAAUUAUGAUGACGUUCUAGCUUUUGCUCCUGAUGACUUCACCACCCACCUUCAACGGCUCCGUGGGUACGUACGACGGCAUGAGAUCACCAUUAUCAUCAUCAGUCCGAACGCGGGUGACCUCGCGCCCAUCACGAGUGCGAGCGACGAGAAGCAGGAGCUCAUUCGAAGCAGCAAGAUGGUAGCAACCGCCGUUGGCUUGCUGUUACUGCUGACUACGGCGGCCAUCCAGUCGCCUGCCUCGGCUCAGUUCUGCCCGCCGUCAUACCGUCAGAAGAACCCGCAGCACACGGCGUGCAAGCGGCGGAACAUGUGGUGCAGGAUAAAGGUCUCCGGCGUGAACUCCACAGAGCGCGCAUUGAUCUUGAAGCUGCACAACGAUUUCCGGGGCCAAACCGCUCUGGGAAAACUACCGGGCUUCUCAACGGCAGCUGACAUGCAGGAGCUGCUUUGGGACGACGAGUUGGAAUACGUAGCACAGGCUCACGCCAGCCUCUGCACGACGCCGGACGGUGACCUGAAGCAUGAUGAUGUUAAGAGCCGCUUUACGAGUCGCUUCGAAAAGACCGGUCAAAACUUGGCCUGGAUAGGCCGAUCCAACUACAAAGAGGGAGCCAACUGGACCUGGGCUAUGGACGGCUGGUUCACAAAGGAGUACCCGCUCUACCCGCCGCGCGGCGUGGUCGAGUUCGCUCCCGUAAAAAACGCCAAGAUAGGCCACUUCACCCAGAUAAUCUGGGCAAAGACGCGCUACGUGGGUUGCGGCUACGUCUACUACAACGUCGACGGGGCUCGUUACCCGCACAUGAGGCAAUACACCUGCAACUACGGUCCUUCCGGAAACUACAAAGGGAAGCGCAUCUACCAGGAAGGUCCGACGUGCAGCGCCUGCCCGAACUCCACUCGCUGCCUCUGGACCGCCGGUCUGUGCAGCGGUCCGCCGGGCGGUCAAAGUUGGGGGAGGCCGCCGUACAACAGGCGUCCGCCGGUCGGCCGCACCUCCCCACGGCCCACACCGACUCCGUCUCGACGAACUCCGGGCUGUCCGCCCUGUCCGUGCCUGCGCUCUAUGCUGCAGCGCUAUCCGUCACCGCACGCCACACAUAGGCGGGACCCGCCGUAUGCACAGGAUCCGGCGCCGAGGCCUUACCCGUUACCCUACGACUCGCGGCUGGGCGGUGGGCUGCCUGGUUGCAAAGGCGUAGAGGGUUACAAGCCAGGAGAGCCUGGGCAGCCAACUUGUGUGGAGAAUGACUCUGGCGGCAGCGGAGGCAUUCCUAGGGCCGACUACAGUGACGGAGCGCAUGAUGGACGUCCUGGCCCUGGUGCAGAUUUCUGGCUGUCCUUCGUUACAGGCGUCGUCACUGUAUUGUCAGUGGCAGCGCUCAGCGUGUUCUUUGUCUUCUGGCGCGCCAACGCCUCGGCAGAUCGCGCGGAAGCAAAGCUGUCGACCGACGCGACGGUGACGCCGGCCUACUAGGGCACGCCGGCGUAAGAAGACGCAAUUGUCAAAACGUGUGCCGACGAACGACGGCCGUAAUAUACGAA